GAAGCCGGCACUCGCCGCACUCCUGCUUGCCGCCCGGAGGCGACCCCCGUCCUGUCCUCACGAUGUGGCACAACGUCGGGCUGACGCUGCUGGUGUUCGUGGCCACGCUGCUGAUCGUCCUGCUUCUGAUGGUGUGCGGCUGGUAUUUUGUAUGGCAUCUAUUUUUAUCUAAAUUCAAGUUUCUACGGGAACUGGUGGGAGACACAGGAUCCCAGGAGGGAGACCACGAGCCUUCAGGGUCUGACACUGAAGAAGACCCAUCAGCCUCUCCACACAGGAUAAGAUCUGUUCGCCAGCGUAGGGCUCCCGUGGAUGAAGGCCACUGACCCCAGCCACCAUAUAUGACAAAAGGCAAUUGCGAACCUGUC